AUGUCAGAUCCACCACCGCCAUAUGAAGACAUAGCGACUGAACAGAACAACAACGGGAGCUCCAAGCGAGGACACGCAAGUGCGACCUCCGGCGACGUCUACUACAUGGGGCCGCAUCAGAAGGACCGCCAGUUCGCUCUUACUAUCCACCCCAACAGUCUGGCGACUACCCCUAACCCUUCAAUCAUCCUACACGACGGAUUGACCACAAGGAAUCCGGCCAUAGGUACCUCGAGAAACACCUGGGUCUCUGGCAGCGACCGACUCUUUGAGGAAUUCAUCAUCGCCGUCUCACCUUUGGGCGGGUCUCAGCCAGCUGAAGAAAGAUUGCUGACAGUGGACGAAGGCACUUAUUGGCACCCUGUCAUUAGGCUGCGGUAUUCCCUUCCAGCCACCCAAGCCAUGGCGGGUGCCCACAGUGUUGAUGAUAUUCAACGGCAGGAGUUUGAGUGGCAGGAGAGCAGCUCGCGGGAGGUGCAGAGCCUCGGCGGCAAAGACUCUGGUUGGAGGCUUGUUAAUCUCUCAAAUGUGAACGAGACACUGGCAAUCUGUGUGCCCAACGGCCAUAGUUUGACCAAAUUCCUGCGCUUCUCUUUCAGAGGCAAGGGAAGAACGGGGAGUCACUACAGUCCCACGUGGGAGGUGAUGGCUAUUCUUACUGGCCUUACCACCUGGGAGCGGAUGAACCAAAUACUUCGGCGCAUGGAUUAA